AUGCCCGGUCAUAGAAGUGCAGUGUCCAGCGGUCAUAGAAGUGCAGUGUCCAGCGGUCAUAGAAGUGCAGUGUCCAGCGGUCAUAGAAGUGCAGUGUCCAGCGGUCAUAGAAGUGCAGUGUUCAGCGGUCAUAGAAGUGCAGUGUCCAGCGGUCAUAGAAGUGCAGUGUCCAGCGGUCAUAGAAGUGCAGUGUCCAGCGGUCAUAGAAGUGCAGUGUCCAGCGGUCAUAGAAGUGCAGUGUUCAGCGGUCAUAGAAGUGCAGUGUCCAGCGGUCAUAGAAGUGCAGUGUCCAGCGGUCAUAGAAGUGCAGUGUCCAGCAGUCGUAGAAGUGCAGUGUCCAGCGGUCAUAGAAGUGCAGUGUCCAGCGGUCAUAGAAGUGCAGUGUUCAGCGGUCAUAGAAGCGCAGUGUCCAGCGGUCAUAGAAGUGCAGUGUCCAGCGGUCAUAGAAGCGCAGUGUCCAGCGGUCAUAGAAGUGCAGUGUCCAGCGGUCAUAGAAGUGCAGUGUUCAGCGGUCAUAGAAGUGCAGUGUCCAGCGGUCAUAGAAGUGCAGUGUUCAGCGGUCAUAGAAGUGCAGUGUCCAGCGGUCAUAGAAGUGCAGUGUCCAGCGGUCAUAGAAGUGCAGUGUCCAGCGGUCAUAGAAGUGCAGUGUCCAGCGGUCAUAGAAGUGCAGUGUUCAGCGGUCAUAGAAGUGCAGUGUCCAGCGGUCAUAGAAGUGCAGUGUCCAGCGGUCAUAGAAGUGCAGUGUCCAGCGGUCAUAGAAGUGCAGUGUCCAGCGGUCAUAGAAGUGCAGUGUUCAGCGGUCAUAGAAGUGCAGUGUCCAGCGGUCAUAGAAGUGCAGUGUCCAGCGGUCAUAGAAGUGCAGUGUCCAGCAGUCGUAGAAGUGCAGUGUCCAGCGGUCAUAGAAGUGCAGUGUCCAGCGGUCAUAGAAGUGCAGUGUUCAGCGGUCAUAGAAGCGCAGUGUCCAGCGGUCAUAGAAGUGCAGUGUCCAGCGGUCAUAGAAGCGCAGUGUCCAGCGGUCAUAGAAGUGCAGUGUCCAGCGGUCAUAGAAGUGCAGUGUUCAGCGGUCAUAGAAGUGCAGUGUCCAGCGGUCAUAGAAGUGCAGUGUUCAGCGGUCAUAGAAGUGCAGUGUCCAGCGGUCAUAGAAGUGCAGUGUCCAGCGGUCAUAGAAGUGCAGUGUCCAGCGGUCAUAGAAGUGCAGUGUCCAGCGGUCAUAGAAGUGCAGUGUCCAGCGGUCAUAGAAGUGCAGUGUCCAACCUUACUUUGGUAAACUUAAUUUGCUAA